CUCCAACCUCCCUCUCUCAAUCCUUUCUUACAACCUCACCGACUCCAGCUCCUUCCCAGUCUCUCGUCCUACCUUCCCACUCCUGUCAAGCCUUUUCUCUUACGACUGGGAGAGUUCGCGGUCACCAAGAUGGGAACCGGAAAGAAAGAGGCGAGCCGAAAGGUUCGCCAGGGCAAGACCGGCGAUGGCAUGGGCAAUGUCAAGGUGAAGGGCGAGAACUUCUAUCGCUCUGCCAAGCGGGUGAGGCAACUCAAUAUGUACAAGGAUGGCAAGCCCCAGCGCAACGCCGACGGCGAGAUCACCAAAGCCGCGUCGUACCAGAGCCGAGAUAUCCCUACCGCCCGGAUCGAGCCCAACCGCAAGUGGUUCGGCAACACACGCGUCAUCUCCCAGGAGAGCUUGACUGCGUUCCGUAGCGCCAUGGCGGAGAAGGCCGCGGAUCCCUACUCGGUCCUGCUGAAGAGCAACAAGUUGCCCAUGUCGUUGAUCAAGGACGGUUCAGAGACCAACGGCCUCAAGAAGCACCAGGCCAAGAUGACGAUUGAGACUUCUUCAUUCGGAGAUACAUUCGGUCCCAAGUCGCAGAGGAAGCGCGUCAAGAUUGGCGCCGGCUCCAUUGCCGACUUGGCCGGCGAGGUCGACAAGGACCUUGACAGUUACAAUGACCGCCUCGACCAAGCCAAGCUGCUCAGCGGAAACUCCGGGGCCGGCCCGGACGGCGAGGACGAGAGUCAUGUCACCAUGUCGAUCGAGCCCAUCUUCAACAAGGGUCAGAGCAAGCGUAUCUGGAACGAGCUGUACCGCGUGCUCGACUCCUCAGACGUUGUUAUCCACGUUCUGGACGCUCGCGACCCUCUGGGAACGAGGUGUCGAAGCGUCGAGAAGUACCUCCGCGAGGAGGCGCCCCACAAGCACCUCAUCUUCGUCUUGAACAAGACGGACUUGGUGCCUACGAGUGUUGCUGCCCGUUGGGUAAAAUACUUCUCCAAGGACAAGCCUACGCUGGCCAUGCACUCUAGUCUGACCAACCCCUUUGGUAAGGGUAGUCUGAUUGAGCUCUUGAGACAGUAUGCCAAGCUUCACAGCGACCGCAAGCAGAUCUCAGUCGGUCUCAUCGGCUACCCCAAUGUCGGCAAGAGCAGUAUCGUCAACACCCUGAGGAGUAAGAAGGUCGCCACCGUUGCUCCCAUUCCUGGUGAAACCAAGGUGUGGCAGUACAUCACCCUCACUCGCAAGAUUUACAUGAUUGACUGUCCCGGUAUCGUUCCGCCGUCGCAGACUGACACCCCUCAGGACUUGCUCCUCCGAGGCGUUGUUCGUGUUGAGAACGUCGACAAUCCGGAGCAGUAUAUCCCAGCUGUCCUCGCCAAGGUCAAGACGCACCACAUGGAAAGGACAUAUGAGCUCAAGGGUUGGAACAAUCACAUGGAGUUCCUUGAGAUGAUUGCACGAAAGAGCGGUCGUCUGCUGAGGAAGGGAGAGCCCGACCUGGACGGAGUCGCCAAGAUGGUACUCAACGACUUCAUGCGUGGAAAGAUCCCUUGGUUCACUCCUGCUCCUGUCGAAGAGGAGGGUGCAGAGACGAGCGAGGGCAUCGAGGGACGUAGCGGCAGACUUGGUGAGAUGCCUCAGAAGCGAAAGCGCGCCGCAGCAGACAUGGCCGAGAGUGUCGCCGACACUUCUAUGGGUCCUUCUUCUGUUGGCAGUGACAGCGACGAGGAAGAGGACGGCGACGAGUUUGAAGGUUUCAACUCUGGCGAUGACAAGCCCGAUGGUGAUAAGUCCUUGGGUGAGGCAUCGGAGGGUGUUGAAGACGAUUCCGACGACAUGAUACCGCUCGACGAAAUAUCAGACGAUGACUCAGAGAGCGAAGAUGGCGGUGACGGGGCGGCAUCGGAGACGAGCUACAACACGUCCGUCAAGGCCAUCUCGGACCGCAGUGCCAGCAACGCCUCCAAGAAGAGGAGAAAGACCUGAACUCAUCAGGCCACAGUCUGCUAGACGAACAUCUUUCGCUGCGACGCCGAAGUUUCGGCAGCCUCACCUGUGAAGGUGGGAACAUGGCCAAAAUUGGGACUGCUGACUCGAGAAGAAGAGGGAGAUUGCCCUUCGCAUUCGGUCGGACGGCCCAAGAAGAACACGUCCCGUUGUUGUCAGCCGUGAGAUGACGGGGCCGUUGAAGGUCCAGCUGGGACACGCCUGUUCGGUUACAACCCUGAUUUGUUUCCAGAUACUGAGGCUGUUAUUGUCCGGCACCCGAGUGCGGCUCUUCCAGGCUUGUGUGGCCGGGGAUCCCUGACGCGUGUCUUCCCGCGUGUUUCUCCAGUUGAGCACAGACUUCCAGCCGCGAGGGGGUUUCCCAAACAUUUCUCUUCUCUCUCUCUCUCUUGUCUUGAGGAACCGAGCAUGGCGUUAUAACCGUAUGAUACCCCCAUUAUGUUGUCUUGAAUGGCGAGUUGCCAUCUAUGGAAAGCUGUCCCAUUCUUCAACGUGCCUCUUUCGGAGACUAUAGCCGCCAGUCCUUUCGUUCCCCGAACUCUGAUACAAAAGAAAGGCAAAAUCAUAGAAUACCAAACAACAAAAAAGGAUGACGACCUGGUGAUCGUUAGUCGGUUAAAAUAUACACUUUGAUUCAACCGAUAAAAACUUUGAUUCCUUCUACUCCGCGUUCUUGCGACUACUUAUGUUGCUAUCGCCACAAACCCCGCAGUCGUUCGCUUCACUGCUUUCCCCCUCCCUUACGUCGUUGACCCUUGACGGAGUCGAAACAUCAGGCGACGGCGAAAUCGGGAUUCGACGACGAAGCCAUUUAACCUUCGGCAGCGUUUAGGUUCGUCGUCGCAACUAAGGAGUGAAGCAUGAGAGUUUGUUGGUGUCUCUCCUCGAGCUUCCGUCUCAACCAGGUCCGAAUGACGCCCCAGCUUCCUCCCCUUCGUUCAAAAGUUUGUUUCUGCAAAGAAUUUCUUCCUUCCUACUAGCGUGGCGACGAGGUUUCUCCUCGUUUCGUCUAGUGUACAGUACUGUACCGUACUGUGAAUGGCCUGCUCUAUCUUGGAAGCAUCCGGCCUACCGAUCGCAGGGUAUCGAUCGUCUGAAAAUGAGUCGUGUUCAUUCAUAACCUUUUUGACCGGCACACCUCUCACCACAACGACUGACUGACGAUUCCGGGAACACACCUCCGGCCAUACAGCUCCGACCUCUCACCCCCAGUUUCCCUCCGCAAAAUCAUGUCGAAGAAGCGGCGUCGCCUCCACGUGUACUCAGUACCCAAAGUUCCGAUUUGCCGUUUCUGCCUUGUUUUUCCACGUCGACACCCUUGUCCCCCCUCUUCCUGUCGUUCUCUUGCUCCUCAGGGAACGCUUCAAGCUUCACGGAAACACCCCUCUCUCUCCGUUUUCUGCUCUUCCUUCUCCCCCCCUCCAUUCCCCCGGAUGUUUCUUCUCCCCAUUCGUACCAUGUCUACUCCAUUACUCGAGCAUUCGGCUCACGGAUAACGGACUAGUCAUUCACUUCGAGGAUACUUUUUUUCUCACGUUGUCGUGUCCGUCGAAGGUCUGUGUGUGUAUGUGUGUGUGAGUUGAGCGUAUGGGGGCCGUGUCGAUUGCCCAACCCCUCCUCAUCCUCAUUCGCAUCUCUAACCAUUGAGAGAAGAGAGAACGUCGGCAAACAUUCAAGCUUUGAGGGGGUCUAGAAAGCAUAAAACCAUGAAGUAUUCCUUCCGCUGGUGCUGACGUUGCUUCCCCCUCGUUCUGUCUCUUCUUCACACCCUCUAAUCUGAUGGUUGUCCGAAACUAUCUUUUUCUACAUCGGAGCCAAGAGGAUCAAUAAAGUCUUGUCGCUCUCCCCCAACCCAUUCAUCUUUUCCUUUUCCUCGAACUCGGGCCAUCCGUUGCAUCGAUUCUGUUCCUGAAUCUUUUCCUUGGCCGAGUGACGUCUGUUGUCAUCCCCUUUAUUCCUCGCUUCCACUUCUCUUAUACCGUUCCGAGGCUAAGGCCAAAGUCGAAAAAAGACAGACACCCACGAUGCGUCUCUCUGUAGUCACCGUCAUAUCCCUGGCCACGAGCUCUCUCGCUGUGGCCUUAGUGCCCAGGGAAUCUAACAACACAUUGGUGGAACCAAACCACAACCCCGGAGGCGGAGGAGGAGGAGGAGGAGGAGGUGGUGGUGAAGGUGGUGGAAAAGGGGGUGACAAAUCCGCCAAACCCUCUGCCACUCCCACUCC